AUGCCUGCUGUUUUGGAAAAUAAAUUAGAUGAAAACUUAAAUAAGAAAUAUAAAAAGUGCAACAAACUUUUUUUUAAACCUUCAAAAUGUGACUAUUGUAAACAAUAUAUAAAUGAUGACACUAUUGUAUAUUCAAAUGACAGAGUAGAUGUGUAUUCAGAAGAAUUUGUGGCUAUUACAGACUCAAAAUUAGCACUUUGCAAUGAUAAAUCAGAACCAAUAAAUGAAUGGGAAAAUGAGGAUUUUUCCCAUGCUCAAAUUCCUCAAUAUAAACUAACAAAUUUUUCAAUCUAUGACAAAAAUGGUCACUUAUGUGCUAUUGAUUCUGGUUUAAUUGAAAAGAAUAUAGAACUUUUAUUUAGUGGAACACUUAAACCUAUAUAUUCUGAAGACCCCAGUGUCAAUGACGGUGUUGAUGUGAAGCAUAUGGGUCCUAUUAACGCCUGGAGGAUUACCGGGUUUGAUGGGGGUGAAAAUAUACUUAUUGGAAUUACCACAGCAUUUGCUGAUUAUUUCUUGACGGACUCUUGCCAUCGAGAUUAUAGUUCUAUAUUCGACCGCACCCUUGAAAAGUUAUAUCUGACCAAAAUGGUGAUUGAGUUUUUGAGUGCGGAGGUGUUUGUUGAUGCGGAAGAAAAUAUGGGUGGAAAAGUGGUAAGUUAUGAGGAUCUGGUUUCCUUCGUUUGCUCUCAUUUGGGUUCGAAAUUUAAGUUCACGGAAGAGCAUCUGCUCAAGCAUUCACAGUUUAUCGUUGAUCAGGUUCAGAUAUAUGACGAGUUUGCCGAAGAUUAUGAUUCCCUUCUAAUUUUAUCACCAUGCUUAAGGACUUUAAUUGAGUUUGGUGGAGUUGAUUUGGAGACACGAUAUAAAAAAAUUGUACGUCAAAAGCUAAACCUAGGACUCCUUGUAUCCAAAUCGAACACAUCCUAUCUAAGCAUGAAAUACAAUCAAGAGUGUGGUCUAAGUGCCAACCAUAUAAUAAAUGUCAAAGGCAGAACUAACAGGCUUUUAUCAGAAUACGAUAACAAUCAUGAUGACGAUGAUGGCAAUGUAAAACUCAUAGUUAGAAAUAGGGGUCAUCAAGAUACCUCCAAAUUUACUGGAGUUAAAUAUCGUAAAGAAUUUGACAAGAAUGGAUCAAAUGGAAAUUGCAACAUGAGUGUAGUUACUCCUAUGGUAAAAAGCGUGUUUCAAUCAGUUUUUAAUAGCGAAAUGACUUCAAACGAAAGGCCAUCAUCAACAUUUGUUAGCCUACCGAAGGUUAUGGAAAAUAAUGGUACACGGUUAAUCAAGAUCAAAACUAUGAUAAGCGAAAAUUCGCGACUUGAACAGGAUUCUAAAAGAUCAGGAGUUGAUUUGGAAUCCAACUCUAACUUAAAUUGUACUGAUGGUAAGAUUGAAUUAGAAUCAAAUAAUAAUGAUGUAGAUGAAAUAAGUGACGUGAGUGAGUUGGAAUCAACAUCGGAUCUUGAAAUUGACCAAAAGGCAGAAGAAUCUGAUAAAAAUAUAAAACCGUGCAUUCAAAGCUCUGAUAUCAAUAGCCUCAAACAUUUCUUAGAUUCAAUACCUUUCGAUCUUGAUUUUAAUCCUAUCCCUAUUGUUUAUUACACCAAUACGAUAACAAAAAACAUUAAAAAUUUAGACUUUUCGCUGGAAGGCGAAUGUUAUGAUAUGCAAGCAGAAGUGACUAAUCACAAAAAUUUUAAAUGCUAUAGAAGGUUGACCGCUAACCAGAAACGAACUUAUGAUGAUGCUAAAGAUAAUCUGCAAAUAGCUAGUUUAGAGUUAAAAACGGGGGAUUUUAUUGUCGUGCUUUUAUCGCCAAUAAACGAUAAUGAUAUCCAUAGUUCUCAAGAUCUCCACACAGAUAUCUCUUACAUUCCAGACAAUUUUGAAAAUUUUGUACUCCUUAGAAUAGCUUAUUUUAGCCUUUCAGACCGUUCGCAAACCCUUACCAAAUUAGAUUGUCUGAAUAACUGCUCAAUAACUAUCCAUGCCAUUCGAUAUCUGAGAAGUUGCGAAACUAUUUUAGGCGAAACCGGUUUGCUCAAUGAAAUAUUUUUAGCUACCAAUGAAAAAUGUAUGAGGGACAUACAGUUGAAUCAAAUAUUUUGCAAAAUAAAUUUGGUUAAAUACUUAGGAACUAAGCUAAAUGAAGACGAUAUAGUACAAAUAUCGGAUGAAGACUUUCAAAACGGUAUUCAUUAUAAAAAGUGUUAUGACUCUAAGCACGCCCGUUUUGAGGAUAUAGACUUUGGAAGGAUGGAAUCUGUAUUUUAUAAUUCAUUACACGAGGAUAUCAUUUGUCCCAUAUGUGAAUUGAAUAAAAAUGAUACUGAAUUUAGAACACCAUUCCCCGAGGAAAUAUUAGAAAUUCAAUCGCACGAUUCCAAGAUAUUUGACAAUGAUUGUACGUUGAUUCAACGAGCAAUGCAAAAUAUAAAGAUUUCUAAACAUCCCUUGAAGUGUUACAAGCGUAUAAGAUGGAAAGGCCAACUGUAUAAUUUAGGAGACUGCAUAUUGUUAGAUGCUAACCUUUUCGGGGAACAUGGGAAUGCUAUACGUUUUAUCCCUAAUAAUAUUCAAGGUACUCGUGGAAAAAAAAUGGAAUCGUUAGAAAAUAAAGGCAAUAAAAAUUUUAUUACAGAAAAUGAAACUCAAAAUGUGUUUAAAUAUUACCACAAGCCAAAUUACUUACUCGACUCGAAUUCGAUAAAUUGCGAAGAAAACAAUUCUAAAAAUAAGGAGAAAUAUUAUCACGUCACCGAAAGGUAUCAUUUGAGGUCCGUCGAAAAUAGUGCCAAUCAGAUCCCUCAAGAUUUUCUAAAUAUCCAUGAUUUAAAUGAUCUCGAUCAAUACUCUUCACAAGUUCAUUUGAAUCAUGUCAGAAAUCCUGAAGAUUUAUAUAUUGGCAAGUGCUUAAAUUAUAAUUUUUCCAAAUACGUUUCUCUGGAUCCAUCUGAAAAAAUUGAGUAUGAUUAUGCCCUUUACCCAGAAUUGUAUCGUAAAACUAAGAACUCUAAUUGCAAAAAGGAACAGCUUCAAUGCAAUCAAAUAAUGACGGCUGAUGAUUGUCCUAAACCCUUGGCCCCUUUUCAGAUUCUAAACAUAUUUAAACAAUCUUCGUCUCACAAUACCAAUGGUUUAAAUCUUAUUCUGAGGAAGUUUUAUAGGCCCGAAGACACCUUAACUGGUGUAAAUUCAGAGAUUGUUUCCGAUUUUAAUGUAAUUUACAGUUCUGACGAUGUUCUUAUAGUGCCCUUUCAUGAUGAUUUGGCUUACGUUAAAUGCUUGGUGAAAUAUCGGGAUCCUAAUGAAAGCUCAAAAAUCGAAGGAAAUAUUUCGAAUAUGGAAACGAACACUUUUUACGAGGAUGACUUUUUCAGUUUAUGUUCCACCUCCUCAUUGAUGAAGAAAUUUAAUUCUAGCGAUCUGCAAUAUUUGCCAAAAUUUUAUUUUGAGCAUCACUACGAUGCCUUUUUGGGUAAGCUAUAUUCUCCACCUAUCAUCCCCUCACGUUGUACUCGAAUAUCUCCCUAUAUAAAUAAAAAAUUCAUGGAUAAUGACGAGGAAUUUAUUCCAACCUCAAAAGUGUUAAAAAAUCUUGCAGACCUAAAGAGACCUUUGAAAUGUAUGGAUAUAUUCGCUGGCUGUGGAGGGUUGUCUAAUGGAUUAGAAUUAUCCGGAGUUUGCGAGUCGCAUUGGGCCAUUGAGAACGAUAUUAAAGCUGCAAACUCCUUUCGAGUUAAUCACCCGAAAGCUACUGUUUACACCCAAAAUUGCAAUAAAUUAUUGCGUAUGAUUAUGGAGGGCAAUAAAUACAACGAAAAUGGCCAAAAAUUACCUGACCCAAAGGCUUGUGAGGUCGAAUUUUUAUGUGGUGGCCCACCGUGUCAAGGUUUUAGUGGUAUGAAUCGUUUUAACUACCGAAGUUAUUCAAAAAUUCAGAACUCUCUCAUAGCUACUAUGCUUAGUUAUUGCGAGGUCUUUCAACCCAAAUAUUUUUUAUUGGAAAACGUCAAAAACUUCGUAUAUUACAAAAAUGCCGCCGUGCUAAAAUUGACUUUAUCUUGUUUGGUGAAAAUGGGUUAUAAUUGUAGUUUCGGAAUAUUACAGGCUGGCUCAUAUGGAAUACCUCAAUCUAGAAAGCGGGCAUUUAUUAUAGCAUCAAAAUCAGGUCUAAUAUUGCCUUCCUUCCCUAAAGCAACUCACACUUUUCCCAUAAAGGCGCUCGCUACCUCUGUUAUAAUAAACGGAAAGAAGUAUUCAACUGAAGCCUGUAGUAACGUUAUAUCAGCGCCUUUCCUUAGAGUUACGAUAAGAGACGGAAUUUGUGACCUUCCUGAGAUCAAAAACGGUUGUAACUCCGAACUCAUGCCAUAUUCCCAUUCUCCUCAAUCUCACUAUCAAAAAUUGAUGAGGACUGAUUUCAUCACUGAUCAAACAUUCGUUAUGCUUAAAGAUCACAUAUGCAAAGAAAUGUCGCCUUUAGUUUACGCUAGAAUUUGCCAUAUACCAACAUUUUUGGGCGCGGAUUGGAGAGAUCUUCCUAAUAUAGAAGUCGAUUUGAUAGAUGGUAACAAAGCAAAAAAGCUUACAUACACACACAAUGAUAAAAAGAAUGGAGUUUCUCCCAACGGAAAUUAUAGAGGAGUGUGUGUAUGUGCCCAAAAACCUACUAUUGCCUCUCUAAGCUGUGGCUCUUACCGACAAUCCGAUACACUCAUCCCUUGGUGCCUCCCUCACACAUCCGAUCGUCACGCUCAGUGGGCUGGUCUCUAUGGGCGUCUGGCCUGGCAGGGUUUUCACCCAACGACUGUAACAAACCCAGAACCAAUGGGAAAACAGGGCAGGGUUUUGCACCCAUACCAGGCCCGUUGCGUCAGUGUAAGAGAAUGUGCACGCUCUCAGGGCUUUUCGGAUAGCUAUGUGCUGUGUGGAUCAGAUCCAGUUGACAAACAUCGACAAAUUGGAAAUGCUGUGCCGCCACCAUUAGCCAAAGAAAUUGGGAAAGAAUUCUUUAAGGCGGUAUUAUUAGAUAGGUUGAAGAAAUUAUGAAUGAUAGAUUUUCAAAAGAGAUUCAUCGAAUAUUACUAUAAAGAUUAUUGCAACUUUGUUUAACUGGUAUAUAUAUUAUUAAUUUAUGGUGACUAUUUUUUUAC